GAACUAGCCUGGCAAACCUGCUUGUUGAUGUACGCUAUCGAAUUCUAAUUAGAUUGCAGGAUGUAACUAUCGAAUCGAAUGUAUCGUAAUUUCCAACCAUAGUGAAGUUGACGGGGUUCGUUGUCGACGUUGAGUGGAGGAGACGAAUGGUGGGAGGAAAUCGACGAAAACGUGCGUUAAUCUUGUGUUGUGUACAAUUUUAUAUGACUGAAAACGCAAAGAACUGUUGGUGUUGAUCGUGCACUGAGCAGAGUCUUGGGGAACUGAGAAUAUGUGGGGACAAUUACUGAGAUCAACAGUACAAUUAAGGUGUUCGAGUUGUCGCGUUUUGGGCUAUCCAGAUCAGAAUUUAUUACACCAACAAGUCAGAACAACAUUUAUUUUGAAGCGAAGAUGGCCACCGGGCCUGGUGAAGAAGUGGCGUGAUCCAUCGGCCAAGAGAUUGCGAGCUCGACACUUCGUUUACGAUCUUGUAGAAGAUACGGACACGCGAAAGAAGAAGGAGUUGGAGGUUAUAUUGACAGAUUUUGUAACAGGCAUUGGAAAUCGUGGAGAUCGGAUAAUUAUGAAACAGGACACAGCAUAUCACAAAUUGUUACUACCUGGAUUUGCUGUAUAUGCUUCGCCAGAAAACGUCCAGAAAUUUUCUCAUCUCAAAGAUGAUGAACACAAACCGAAAUAUAGUUCACCAUUUGUUGAGAAAACGAUAAGCAUUUUGCAAAAUAUGAAUGUUAUAGUUUUAAUGAACAAGGACAUACCUUGGACAGUUGAGCCUUGGCACAUAAGAAUGUCAUUCCGGAGAGCUGGUGUUCACAUCCCUGAAGAUGCCAUUUCAUUGCCAGAGGAACCAAUAUGUGGUCCCAAUAUGGAGAUAGAGAAUAAAUUCUUCAAGGUUACAGUGACUAUAAACAAUACAGAAAAAGUGCCUGUAAAAUGCGUUAUUCAUCACUGGAGUACAUAUAUCAGUGAUAAAUUACCACCUGCAGAAGAUGUUACAGAAGAGCCACGAAUGCCAGUAUUUCCAGUUGCAGAGUCAGAAAGAGGUUUUAAUGCCAAUUCUGACUUAACCACUGCAACAUAGAAAAUAUAAUAUUUUUAGUAAAUUAACUUGUUUGUAGUACAGCAGGCCCUUGCCAACUUCAGGAGUUAUGUUCCUGAUGAACACUGUAAUUUGUGAAGCCAGUGACUUAAUGGGGAGUCAGGGACUGGAGGAACUGCAUCUACUGUUGACUGUCUUCAAAGCCUAACAUGAAAGAUAUAUAACAGAUGUUUGAAAAUAGUAUAAAAAUUAAAAAGUAAGAAAAAAGAACACUACAGUAAUUGGUAAUCUAGAAAACUGAUUUCAGAUGCCACAAGAGUGUUCCACAGGAGAUGUGAAAUCUACCUUCUCUGUGUAUAUACUAAUCAAACUGCAGAUAUCCAGCCCAGAAUAAAUUUAAAAUCACGGCUACUUCAAAUCCACUGUUGGUGAGGGACUGCUGGACUUUGCUGCUUGAUACACAGGAUGUCUACAAAUUCUGUAUAGCUUUUGAAAAUAAUUUUGUCUUUAUUAUGCCAGUACACCUUUUGUGACUAUGAAGAAGCUUCUCAGCUUGAGCUUCAAUGUGGAGAAUGUUUUCUGUGAACAAACCCUGUAAAGAUUGGCAAUCUGAUAUGCUUGCAGUUUAUUUCAGUUAGAAUUUAGAAUGAUUGAGAAAUACAGCCUACUGUUUCAUUUUAAAAAUUGGUAAAUAAAUAUGCAUCUCUUUGUGUGUCAUAUA